UCGACCUGUAGCAGCCUCGAUUCUCUCGCUUCCAGUAUCCCCACCAUGGCUGGGCCACAGGAAGCUCUGAGCGGAAGGCUGCGGCUCUCUUUUACUCCUGGUCCACGAACCAGCCUCCUACUCCUUCGACUCAACGACUCUGCUUUGCGUGCGCUACAGGACUGUCUGCGGACACAGGCCCAGCCUGUGAUCACCUUCCAGGGCAACCGAGGGUACCUGAGACUUCCUGGCCCUGCCUGUUCCUGCAUCUUCUCUUUCAUAGUGUCCCAUUGUGGAGCAGAUGGCCCAAGAGGUGGGCUGGACCUUGUUCGCCACCGAUUGGGCAGGUCAGGACCAGGCCUGCUUCGGUGCCUAGGUCCUCUUCGAGAGCGAAUUACCAUCUGCUCUACUGUAGAUUCUGUACCAGCAUCAUCUUCACUUAAGGGACAUCAGCAGGGUGAAGUUGCCAGGGAAACAGGGAGCCAAGAGAGCAAUGGAUUGGAUAUGGGACCUCAACCACAGCUAGAAGUGGAAGAGGUGCUGGAUCCCCUGGAGAACAGUCAAGAGGAACAGCCUAUUCCAGGAUCCUCAAGAGAUCAUCUGGCACAGUGGGCACUCAGGGACCAGAGCCCCCAUCCCACAAAGGGGCCAGAUCAGAGACCCUCUUCUUCCUCCAGCCAGAGGCACUUGAACAUGAAGCGACACCCCUCCCCAGACAUACCAGAACCAAAGGACAAGAGGCCCAGAGGUCCAAGUUCCCUACAGGAACUUCCCAACCACGAUCCACAAGAAGAGGGAGAAGAUUGGGAGAAAGAUGACCAUGAUGUGAGCUCCUUAGCACAAGCAGGCCCAGAGCCACUGCUCCCAGGAGAAACACCAGACUACUUUCUGCAGUAUGGCACCAUCCACAGUACUGAACAGUGUCGUGUCUACGAGCAAGAUUUUGAAGCAGAUUAUGCAGAAUAUCGGGCCCUACAUGCACGUGUUGGGGCUGUCAGUCGAAGGUUCAUGCAGUUGGGAAUGGAGAUCAAGAGAGUACAACGAGACACUCCUGAACACAAGGUGCUGGAAGAUAAGAUAGUCCAAGAAUACAGAAAGUUCAGGAAGCGGUGUCCAGGUUACAAGGAAGAAAAACAGCGUUGUGAGUACCUGCACCAGAAGUUGUCACACAUCAAAAGCCUCAUUCUGGAGUUUGAGAAGAACAGGGAGAGCUGA